CUCGAUCCCUCUCUCCUUGUGAUUCAUAUCCACUUCUCUGCUUCCGAAUUUGUGCCCUCCAAUUUUACUAUAAUUGCGUAAAUGUCAGGAAUCCUAGUUUAUUCCGCCGGUAACUCCCUUCGAUUCUCACCGGGAAAUAGCCUUACUCAGCCGAAGACAGCCAGAUCCCGUAACGGAAAGGCUCGAUUUCCCACCGGAGCUACGUCGUUUAGGGCUUCGGCGCAGACGCUCAACGCCGAGCCGGCUGUAAUGGAAUCCGUUCGUCGGCGAGUGUCGAGUCUCUACGAACUGCUAAAAGUCAAUGAAACGGCGUCGUUGACGGAGAUUAAGACGGCUUACCGGAGCUUAGCGAAGGUGUACCAUCCGGAUGCGUCGGAAUCUGACGGACGAGAUUUCAUGGAGAUCCAUAAAGCUUACGCGACACUGGCGGAUCCGACGACCAGAGCGAUCUACGAUUCGACGCUGGGAGCACGACGGAGACGGGUGCACGCUGGGGCUAUGGGUCGGGCGGGUCGAGUUUACACGACGACCCGGAGAUGGGAGACGGAUCAGUGUUGGUAAUCUACGCUUCCGAUGAUUUUGCGGCACCGAAAAAAUGGCACUUUUUGACUUCAUUUUCCCCUUUCGUUAUAUUUUUUUUCGUUUUCCCAGUCGUAUCUUGGAAAAUUUAGGGGAAUUUAAGUUUUUUAUCAGCCAUUUUUUUUUUUUUUGCUUUUGUUUUAACUUAAGAAGUUAACAAUGUAUAACACAAGUUAUGAAUCCAUAGAUAGAUGUAUAUUAUCUGUAUUUUCUGCUUUCUAAA